AUGGAUUUCAGCUCUUCUUUUACUCUGCAGUGCUUUCUGGUGAUAAUAACUGUUACUCAUGGCUCUAACACCUGGACCGGCGUGCUCAGUGGUAGCUCAGCAGUCUUUUCUGUGGGAAUCCAGAGCCUGCAGAAUGUCUCUGAAAUGAGGAGGAAAGACAUAACAUGCUUGACAGAAGUCUUAAAUGAUACUUUGGUUGCCAAGUUCAGCACUUCUGCUGGUGAAUGUCUGAACUUGAAGAAUGACUCCCUAGUGCUGAGGGCUGUGGAUAAACAGGACGAAGGAAAAUAUGAAUUUGUUUUUUACAACAGCACCAGAACUUUUACACCAGAAGUAUUUGAGCCAACCAUUGGUAUCCAGUGCUUCCCUAAUGGGACUGGAGAGUUGUUCUGCAAUGCAACCAGCAAUAAGAGCGUGAGCUUUCACUGGCUGCUGAAUGGCACCGCGCUGAGUGUCCCUGAGUCUUGCGUUAAGGAUGGUGGGAGGAAGGUUCUCCUGGAAAAAACGGUGCCUGGGCAAUUUGUAUGUGUUGUUUCCUAUGGACACAGUGUCACGAAGACCAGGCCCAUCGCGCUGUCUUGCAGCUAUGGAGACCUGCUGCAGUACCCAUGGUUCAUUUACAUCCUGGCGGGGUGUGCAGGGGGUGCAAUUAUCCUGGUGGUGUUUGUGUCCUCAGUCAUAUGUUGCUGCUUAAAGAGGAAACACAAGUUCAUCCCGGUACCUUCAGAGGAGGAGAAGGAUGAUGGACUAACAAUGUCAGUGGUCUCCAGUGAAGGUGUGAAGAGCCCCCCCAAUGGAGACCAUGUCGAGGCUCAAGCUGCCCAGACUGCCUGCACUCCAAAGCCUGAUGCUGCCCAGGCUGGUCAAGGUGUUGAGCCCCAGCCACUGCCUCAAGAAAACUUACCAGGGCCAAUGGAACCUGCGGAAAUGCCAGACCCUGAGGUCAUAGUUGAUGUGGAAAGCCAGGAAGAUGCCUCAGACUGUUUUCCAGAUCCAACUGAUGACUGA